GGAGGCAGCGAACGGGAGGUGGUAUCUGGGUGAGGAGUUGGAUGCGGGAAGGCGAAUGGCAGGUUUCUGGGAAAAGGGGGAAAAUAAGCGGCGAUUUGUAGUGGCUUAUCGUCCAGUAAAGACAGUAGAGAGGGUUUAAAUUUUUAAAGAAGUAGGAAGGAGUUUAAGUUGCUGCUGAGUUGCGAUUCGAUGUCCGAAGGAUUUUAUUGGGGGGCGCUUUAAGAGAUGGGGCGCUCUCAGUGCAAAGGUGAUAGGCGUUGGCAUUAAAAGCAGCGGGAGCUGGGAAAGUAACAGCAAGGAAUUAUGGCAGUGGAUUUGGGGGCUGCAAUCACAGGAAUCCAAGAACCAAGUUACAGAUAGUGUAGCCGGGUGGACGCUAAAUGGAGUGAGUAUAGAAAGUUUAUCGGUGUUGAUUGCAUGUGAUGGAAGAGAGUUGCUGGAUGAGGUUACUUUAGGUUAGAUGAGUUUGUGGCUAUGUGCCCCCCCCCCCCACCCCCAGGAGAUGAUUUUAGUGCCAGGAGUCGGCAAGGUGCUAGAUGUGAUGGAGAACAUGAUUAUGGCAAUUGUGGAGGGGACCAUAAUUCCUCUUAUGCAGGGUGCCCUGUAUGUAAGAAGGCGGUGAUUCUGCAGUGUGUUCAGUUGGAAUUGGUUCUUCAAAAAGAACAGAAAACGGUGUCAAUAGAGCCUAUUACUGUCCAGAAGAAAACCCAGUAAUGUCCGGAUUACAGAUGGAUUGAAGUCAGUGUGUAAAAUUGUGUCAAUAGAAAAGAGCAAAUUUUCACCAACAUGAGAAGGUCUGCAGAUGCUGGAAACCCGAAGCAACACAGGCGAAACGCUGGAGGGACCCAGCAGGCCGGGCAGCACCUAUGGAAAAGGGUACACAGUUGACGUUUCGGGCCGAGACCCUUCUCCGGGACUGGAAGAUAAGGACAUCGAAGGUGGAGGAAUUGCGACUGGGUAUCUCAGACGGAAUAUCACAUCCGAUCUACACCCCACUCAGCUCCCCAGCACCUGAAUAUCAUCGGCCUGUGAGCGUGGAGGGAGAGACGCUGGUUUGUUUCACUUCAGACCCCAGGCGGUGAGGGCUGUUACAGGGCACCGACCGUGACACAGCUGGGGAAAGACACACUGUCUACAGCGGGGAGGGGAGAAACCACUGAUGUGAGGACAGGAGCCAAUCUGCAGAGAAGCCGAGUAACCUCUUCCAGCCUGUGAAGGAGCGGGCAGUGAUCACUCCAGUGCGGAUUGGGAAAGGAACAGCCACUGCAACGAGAGACCGUGUGUGACACGCUGGGGGAGGUGAGCUCACCUGAUCUGUGACUGGGAACGUGUUCACCACAUCCUUGUUUUUGCACCAGUGAAACAUUCAUUCUUUUGACUGAGAUAAACUUGAUCCAUUUCCCUGAGAGUAUUCAAAUCUUCUUUCCACCUGUUUCCAUUUGAAGAAGGUAAUUAAUUCGGUCAUCUUUUUACUGACUGAUCUCUGAGGUCCUGAGGAAACAUUGUCACCCUGCCUCAGGCGCAUGAAGAGACUCACUCAGUUGUCCAAUUCACUUGCUUAUCCCCCUUGGUGAACCACCAGGGAGAGGCCAUUCUUGUCCUGGAAGAGUGCUCAUUCAGACAUCCAACCACCAACUGCGGGAAGGACUUCAACUAACCCUGCGACCGGAUGGACCGCCAGCAGAUUCCCGCCAGGGGGAGGCCGUUCACCUGCUCUCACUGCGGUAAGGUUUUCAAGAACUCCUUCAGCCUGCAGAGACACCAGCGAAUCCACACCGGGGAGCGGCCGUUCACCUGCUCCGAUUGUGGGAAGGGAUUCGCGCAGUCAUCUGAUCUUCUGAUGCACCAACGGAUUCACACCGGGGAGAGGCCGUUCACCUGCUCUGAGUGUGGGAAGGGGUUUACUCUGUCAUCUGGCCUUGUGAGGCACCAACGAAUUCACACUGGGGAGAGGCCCUUCGCCUGCUCCGAGUGUGGGAAAAGAUUCAUUCGUUCAUCCGAGCUUCUAACACACCAACGGAUGCACACCGGGGAGAUGCCGUUCACCUGCUCCGAGUGCGGGAAGGGAUUCACUCGUUCGUCCGGCCUUCUGACGCACCAACGAAUUCACACUGGGGAGAGGCCCUUUGCCUGCUCCGAGUGUGGGAAGGGGUUCAUUCGGUCAUCCCAACUUCUAACUCACCAGCGAAUUCACACCGGGGAGAGGCCGUUCACCUGCUCCGAGUGCGGGAAGGGGUUCACUCAAUCGUCUGUCCUUCUGACACACCAGCGAAUUCACAGCGGGGAGAGGCCGUUCACCUGCUCCGAGUGUGGGAAAGGGUUCACGCAGUCAUCCGAGCUUCUGGCGCACCAACGGAUUCACACCGGGGAGUGGCCCUUCGCCUGCUCCGAGUGCGGAAAAGGGUUCAUUUGGUCAUCACAGCUUCUGGCCCACCAACGAAUUCACACCGGGGAGAGGCCGUACACCUGCCCAGAAUGUGGGAAGAACUUUGCUCGAUCGUCUCACUUCUGGCGGCACCGACGAACUCACACUGAAGGGAAAGUUUAAGUGUGCAGAACAUACGCAGGGCAUUUAAACACGGCAGCUCUGAGAGUGGUGAGUUCACAAGUGACUGCAGGAACUGAUUCUGCGGUUAUUGCUGCUGUUGAUCACAUCCAGGUUUGGAUCCAGGUCACUGGACACAUUUGGGUUGUUUCCCCUGGAACUGCAGGUACAUUUGUAUUCUGCAUCGAUUAUAAAUAAAUCUGUUCGGUGUGAAUGAACUGGGCUUGAGGAGGAUGUGGAGAGACUUUGAGGGGAUGUGGACAAGCUGAAGGGUUGGGCAAGAACAUGGCAGAUGGGAGACAAAAUGGGAAAACGGAAGGUCAUCGACCUCCGUAGGAAACUCCCGAUGUUAAAGGGAUCACGGGAUGUCGGAUGACACUGUCCAGUCACCGUCAGGUGUGACCUUGCUGACUGGUGUUGCAGGUGAGAGGGGCUGAAUGGCCUUUACCUGCAGUACGAUGGUCACACAAAGCAGGUAGCACAACCACCAAGGGUCCAUUAGCAUCUGUGGAGGCAGAAAGUAUGUGUCGACGGUCUGGGUCUCCGGACGCUUGGUCUCGGCACUGAAACUAACUACCUUUUUCCUCCAUGGGCGCAGCUCAACCUGCUGAGCAAAUUCAGUGUCCUGUUUGGUUGUUCCAGGGUCCGACAUCUGGUUCGCCUGGGAAUAUAGGCCAAGGGGAGUCCUUAAGCCAAGUGUAAAGUGUUGAAUUUGGGAAGUGAAACCAGGACAGAACUUGCACAGUGAGUUUGUUGUCCUGGGGAGCUUUGGAGAACAGAGAGACCUACAUGUACGGCGUUCCCUCAACGUGGGUAGACAGGGUGAUGAAGGUGUUUGGCUCAUUUACCCUCAUCGGUCAGGGGAUUGAAUGCAAGAGUCAGCACCUGGGUUGCAACUGCACAAGAUGUCGGUGAGAUCUCACAGAGUUUAUGUCCAAUUCUGGACACCUAAAAUAGGACGGAUAAAGGCAAAAGUGUAAAUGGAGGUUCACAAGUGUGAUAGCAGCAAUGAAAGGCUUGAGUUAUAUAGAGAGAGUCGAUAGAACACAGAACACUACAGCACAAUACAGACCCUUUGGCCCUGAUGUUGUGCCAAACUUUUAACCUACCCUAAUAUUCAUCUAAUCCUUCCUUCCUACCCCGCUCUCCAUUUUCCUACCGUCCACGUGCCUAUCUAAGAAUUUCCUAAAUGGUUCUGCCACAUCUGGCAGGGGGCUCCACACUCGACAGUCUGUACGUUUCUCAUUCAAGAUUUCUGUCCUCGGGUCUGCAGCAAAUGCCUCGAGCAAAACACACAGAAUGAUGUCAGACAGCAGCAAUGGAGGGAAUGAACAGUCACUGUUUCGGGCCGAGACACUUCAUCAGGACUGGAAAGGAAGGAGGAUGAAGCCAGAAGAAUAAGCUGAGGAGACUGGAAGCACAAGACCAGGUGAACCUGCCUAUCACCUCCCUCUGGUUUACCUUCUCCCUCCUUCUGUUCUCACGUCCCUCUGGGGGCCCCCCUCCUUCCUUCUCUUCUGCCUCCUAUCAGAUCCCUCCUCCUCCUCGCUUGUCUCUUUUAUCUCUUCCACCUAUUUUACCUCAUACCCACCUUCCCCCUCACCUGGUCUAACCUGCCAGCUUGUACUCCUUCCCAUUCCCCCACCUUUUCAUUCUGGCUUCUGCCCUCUAUCCUUCCAGUCCUGAGAAAGGGUCUCGGUCGGAAGCGUUGAACGCUUACUGCCCGCUGUCGAUGCUGUCUGACUUGCCGAGUUCCUCCGGCGUUUUGUGUGAGUUGUUCAGGACUUCCAGCAUCGGCAGAACCUCCUGUGACUCUGCAGUGACACCUGGAGACUGAGGCAGGGCAAGGGUUCCACAUCCUGCUUAGACAACAGAAAGAUCCUGGGCCAGUACUGACCAUGGGUUUUAGGAAGGCAGCAGCAGCCUGGAGUAUGGAGUGAUUGGGGGGAAAUGACUCACUAAAACACACCAACGAUCCAGCAACAACUUCUUUCUGUCUGAAGUCAGACUUCUCAACGUCUAUAAAGUCAUUAAUGCUACCUCAUUUAUCUUUGAAACUAUUUAUUUAUUUAUUGACUGUAAGUCAUUACUAAUUUCUCUGCCUUCUAGUCUACUGCUGCCUGUUUGAUUGCUCACAGGGUUCUGGGAGACGGCACCAACUCUGCCCCAUCUGAGAACCACUCCUCGGCUCGGCUUUGGUGUUGGCUGAGGUCUCGGGCCGGUACGCCGCCCCUACCUGUCCCCGCAGUCUCCCUCAGCCAGGGCAGGGAACAAAACCAUUUGUGCUCCUGACUCCUCCUCCUGAGACACUGGCUCGGGCGAGGUUGGCCUUGCAGAUUCCACGGUAGGACUUCAGUGUGGAUAAUACUGAGAGGAUGCUUUCUGGGUAAAGCUAGAUGCCAUGGAGAGUCAGUAUCAAGGAUCAAGGUUGUUUAUUGUUAUUCUUCAGUAAGUGAGUGCAAAGAAGAAUAGAGUUAUUAUUUCUCCUUAUCCCAUGCAGCAUAAACUCACAAUAAGCACAAAGUACACAAUAAAAAUGUUGUUGUAAAUCC